GGGGCCGUGCUACGGGUGCCGGCGCGGCCCACGGCGCUCGGCGGCGGGCGCUUCCCGGCGCGCCCCGCGGCAGAUUGUACACAAUCAUCAUGGCCGCCGCCGCCCCAGGUGCCGAGGCGCCGGGCAUGGAGGCGGAGGCCGCGGGCUGCGGCGGGGAGGGCGGCUCUCCGGCCGCGGGGCGCUCUCCGCAGGGCGAGGGGCGCCGGCACCCCCCGGCCUCCGUCAGCAACGGCGGCGCCGCGGAGGGCGGCGAGGAGCUGGUGGAGCUGAAGGUGAUCUGGAACAAGAACAAGUACGACGUCAAGUUCCGCCUGGACGGCACCGGCGCCGACCUGAAGCAGGAGAUCCACUCGCUCACAGGCCUCCCGCCCGCCAUGCAGAAGGUGAUGUUCAAGGGGCUGCUGCCCGAGGAGAAGACGCUGCGAGAGAUCAAGGUGACGAACGGAGCCAAGAUCAUGGUGGUGGGCUCCACCAUCAACGACGUGCUGGCGGUGAACACGCCCAAGGAGGCCGCCCAGCAGGAGGUGAAGGCUGAGGAGAGCAAGAAGGAGCCGCUCUGCAGGCAAAAGCAACACAGAAAAGUAUUGGAUAAAGGAAAACCAGAUGAUGUGAUGCCUUCUGUUAAAGGUGUUCAGGAGCGCCUGCCAACAGUGCCGUUAUCUGGCAUGUACAACAAAUCAGGGGGGAAAGUAAGAUUGACCUUCAAACUUGAGCAAGACCAGCUAUGGAUUGGUACAAAAGCGACGUACAACUGCAGAAACUAUGGCAUGUGUUGCUGUGCAGAGGAAUCAGUUUACCGUCUUGAGUGGUGCCAGGAGGAGCUGAAAGUGCUGUGGUGAUAACGUGCAUUGCUGAGGACGUCUCAGAUAAUCCCCCUGCCUCCAAAGGAAGCCUUUAGUUUGACCAGGAUGGGGCAAUGUUAUAUUGAUGAGCAAGAAGAAUAGAAGUGCUUGCUCACUGUCCCAGUAAAAUAACCUAAUUGGACGGUAAUAUUAGCUUUGGAUGGCACCUCCAGCUGCUACGUUAUUUCCAAAGUAAGCAGAAAUCUCGAAAGUUUUUGACCUUUCCUAUGUAGGACAGACUUGAUUGUGAACUUGAAGGUUUUCUGUCUUUAAAAUCUCCAUUGGUAUGGAUCGCAGUGAGAUCUCUUAGGCUAAGUGACAGAGAUGCUGUAUUUUUUCCUCUAUAGCUUGGGCGGAUGCUUUUUUUUUUUCUUACUGAUAAUGUGCUCUAAAUAAUUGAGGGGUAUUUAGGUAAUUAAUCCUUUUCCCUCACCUUCUAGACCAGUUUAAAUUCAGUAUUUCUGAAACAUUCUAGAUUAGUGUUUCUUAAGCUUUGAAAUUUGAUUCUUCUUAUAGUCCUCUGUCUUUAAUAUAACCUGUUUCCCUACUUCCCCAAAUUAGCAGCAGCUUACUUCCUUUAGGGACUGGUUAUAAUUGCUGGCUGUUGGUGAGAGGAAGACUUCCUGCUCU